AUGAGCAAGCGUCGCAUCUCAGAAACCAUAUCACCAUCUCCUGAUCCAUCACCAGCAGUAUCCCCAGCAGCAGCAUCGGCACCAGCACCAGCACCUAAACGACGACGAAUGCGACGACAACACCACAGACACUAUUUAUCCGUCGACCCUCCAUCUCCGGAGGACUACUACCACGCAUCACCAACUACAACCCCGGUAUCACCUACUAUCCCACCUGCACCAUCAUCCCCUCCACCACCACAACCAUCACCAUCACCAUCCUCACCACCAUCCCUACCCCCAAGAUCAACCCCCCGAUAUCGACACAUCCUCCCAAAACCAGCACCCACCUCCACUUCCACCGCAAAACCCCCUACACACUCACCUCACCCACACCCACACCCCCAACCCCCCAAAGAUCAUCAAAAUCGAAGAAAGAGUAAACUCCACCCCCACCUCCCCCCCAUCCUCCACCACCUCCGCACACCCCUCCACCCACUCGUCUCCAGCACGACGGGACACGAACACCCCGACUUCCCUCUCUCCUUACUGCAAUACAACCUCCUCACGUCGGAUCAACUCGACAGACUCGCUGUGCAUUUCCAUCAGGUGCAUCCGCCGGUGCGUGGCUCGUUCUGGUAUCCGGUUAGGAUUGUGCCGUGGCUUAGAUGGGAUGAUUCUGAUGGUGGUAAAGGGGGGUAUGUGGGUGAUGCAGAGGUGGGGUUGGAGGUCAAGAGGAGGAGGUUUGGGAGGUUUAUUGGGCUUAGGGGGUGUGAGGGGGAUUAUCCCAGGGGGAGGAGGGGGAGGGGGAGGGGGAGGGGGAAAAGGGAGAUGAGGGAGAUCAUGAGGGAGGAGGUUGAGGAGGGGGAGAUUAGGGAGGAAGAAGCUGUGGUGGAUCAUGAGGAGGAAGAGGAAGAGGAAACGGCGGAGGAGAUGUUGGAGAGGAUGGAGAGGGAGUGGUUUGAGGCGAUGGUGAGGGCGAGGUAUGAGGGGGAGUAUGCGAUGAGGUGGAAGAUGGGGAGGGGGUGA